AUGGAGAAAACCAAAGAAGCUCUGCCUUCUUCGGACUCUUCCCCAGCGCAUCGAUCGACCCUCUCCAGGGUCAGUGAUCACUUACAAGAGGAUGUCCGCAGCUCCAUUUUUGCGGAGUUCGAGCUUGUCCUCCUGACCUUCUGUACUGGAAUCCAAGAUGCCAUUUCCUUUCCCGACUACCACUGCUUCGCAUCCAACCAAACAGGAAACACGGUUUUCCUCAUGCUUGCCAUCGUACUGCCCGAGUUCGAUGGUGACAUGUUCAUCACAGCCAACAUCGGGGCGGCGCUGGGGUUCUUCUUGGGGGCCGGGUGGCUCACGGGUCAGCUCAGCCACCUGAUCGGUGCGAGACGCAGAUGGUGGCUGCUGUUCUGCAACCUGUUCCAGUCAUGCCUCGUCUUCGCGGCUGCAACAAUACAGCACGUCUACGGGAUAGAGAAGGAGGGGCCCGCAGCGGUCACGGUUGUCGCUUUGCUCGCAUUUGCAUCGGGAAGCCAGGUCGUGCAGUCACGGUCCCUGGCUUUGCCCGAGAUAUCGACGGCGAUGGCCACUGCUGCAUGGGUCGAUUUGAUGAUCGAUCCUCACAUGUUCACGUGGACGAACCGGCCCCGGAACCGGAGGGUGAGCUUCCUGGUUGCGCUGAUCCUGGGCACACUUGUCGGGGCUGGUAUAUAUAAGGCGGGAGGCUCCGCACCGGCCAUUUUCGUCUCGGCGGGUGGGAAACUGUUGGUCACAGUGAUGUACCUGUUCAAUGGCACAGACAAGCCAAAAUACAGUGAUGUGGAAGCCGCUGUGCUGCACUUGCUGCAAGCCGAGCCGCAAGCUGCAGCCGGCAGCCGCCCGUAUUCCCGGGCCGGCGGCACUAAUUUCCAAAUGCAGCAGCCUCCCAGGUUCUUUACUCCGGGGGACCGACCUGCGUUCCAAGCCGGCUUCAUGACGCGCCACAACCUAGGCGAGCAUCUAUCUUGGUUCCUGGCGAAUCUCGCCUUGUCCACGCCAAACGCGCCAUUGCUGCCCGCCGCCUGCGAUUACCCUGCCGCCUCUCUGACCCAGGACACUGAUCCUCAAGCCGCCUCCGCGCUGCCGCCAACCUCGAGUGCUGGAGACUUUGAGCUGUCUAGGACCCUUUCUACCUUGGCCGAACCGGCCAGGCCGCCGUCACGGCCCAUCACUUCACAUGUCCCGGCAACAGCCGGCCGCCAUUGUUCACACGACAAGGAAUUGGGUGACGGCGUGCUAUCCGAGACCCUGGAGGAAAUGGGACGACUGGUGCCAGCCUCGGGGUCGAAGAGGCGUUCGCUACUUGUGCACCAGCAGCAGUCUCAGGACCAACUGCUCACGCCGGCUUCCAAUACGCACGGCGGCAGACUCCAAAGGGCGUACUCGGCCUCGCUCAGAACAUCCGCAGCCGCGGUGACGACAUCAGCCGCCAGGAAGGUGUCCCCUCAACGGAAUACCCACCGGUUGAAGCCUCAGACGCCCAUCUCGACGAGAGAUACCCAUUGUGAGACUGUCGACUUAACGGGGUCUGACGAUAUCCUGUCCUCAGAUCCUGCAUUCGCUUUUGGAGAUGAUGCCAUAGUAUGGACCCCAGAACAUGCGAGCCGCCCCGAGCCCAUGUCCGCAGGACGUGGGAAGAAGCGCAAGAGCAACGAGAUUAGCAGGCGCUCAGAGGAUCCCGCGGCGGCACCUCUAGAAGAAGACGAGUUUCCGGAUAUCUACGAAAUUGUGGGUGACACCUCGACAGAAUCAGUCAUCCACACGACCCCGAAGACAGUUGGGAAGGAUGGCAUGGCACUGCGGAAUGUUUGGGAGGAAGCUGUGCCUGCCCUCGCGGUGGAAAACACGCGCGCCAGUCGGGCAAGCCAGCGAGCCAUGCCUAGUGAAGUGAUUCACAACGAGGUAUCACCCAGGAUCAAAUGCUCGCCAACCAAAACGCCCCUAAAGCUUUCCGAGUUUCGCCCCUUUUCUGUCAAACGCACUCCCAGCCCAAGCAAGCAGUCUUCACCCUUGAAAGCCGAGGACAGAUCUAGCGUUGAGCCCAGAGCUGGACCUUCGAGAAGGUCUCGCCGUGAUAGUCAAGUGAUUCAGGAUUCGGAUGAAGAAUGGGCAACUCCCCCAACGCACAACACUUCUAUCGUGACGAUACACUCCACGGGCAGCCGAGGAAGCCGCAAGGACUCGACGACCAAUCGUGUGCGGAGCACGUCUCCGUCAAUAAUAGCUUAUAACACGCCGUCAAAAACCCGGCAUGACAUAUCACAGCCUUUGCGGCCGCCAGUCAUACACCAAGAUUCCAAGGCAGCAAGCAACUUUGCAGCUGCUACCGUUCAACCGCCUGCGCCUAGUCAGGCCGCCAUAAUCCCUGGCGAUGAUGUCCAGACUGCGAUACUCAAACUCUUCUUGUCCAGCCCUUCAAUCCUGCAAAGGAGACGGGCGCUGAUGGAGGAGAAACUGAAGCAGAAUCGCGAUGAGUUUCGGGCCGCGCUUACGGGAGGACAGCCAGAAAAGAGAGACAGUCUGAAACGACAAAGGGAGCAGCUGACUCGCCAACACACUGCUUUGAAUGCACUAUCUGAUGAACACCAAUCAUAUGAGGACUUGGUCCUUGAGAAAGACAUGCUCACGGAGCAAAUGAUGGAAGCCUACGAGCAGACUGGAACAACCCCCGAUGAGUCAGAGGCCAGAAUGGACAGCCUAAGGGCGGAUGUCUCGAAGAAGGAAACAGACUUGAUCAUGGCUCUUCUCAAAGCCGGCAUCAACGAUGUAAGCAUGUUUGAGGACCGAGAACCGCCACCUGGUCGUGCGAGCCAUUGUGACUCGGUUGUCCAGGCCACCCAGCCCAGCCGCAUCGCACACUUGCAUGGUCUAUCGAGAGAGUCAACUGUAGGUACCGGCGCCUUUUCUCAAGUCGUCUUACAGACCCAAGUUCCUGCCAACUCUGAAGCCCUGACACCCUCGGCUUUCCGUUCCACUGAAGACACGCACUUGCCGCAAGCUGCCGGAAGGGGUGCACCCGGAACCGCCACUCCUAGUUCCAGGGUUGUAGGCGCAUACACCGCUCAUGAGCAUGCUCUUCCUUCCGGGAAGCGCUCACAGCCUUGGCCAGCGCCCCGAACAGACCGUGGGUUUGAUGAGUUUGACGAGUUCGAUGAGUUCGAUGAGGAAGGCAAAUUUUUUGACGGGGAGCCAUCAUAUGAGAUCUCUCACCAUCAACCACAGUCGUCAUCGAAGUUGCCAAGCGUCCGAGGCCGCAGAAGUCCUAUCCGGGGAUCUCCAAAGCUUACCGAGACCUUCAUGAGUGAAGAUGACUAUGAUGGUGAUGACGCAGAAAUGCUUGAGCUUGCUGAGGGCCUGGAGCUCGAGCAAUCCUCGUCAGAGAGCUUGUUGCGCAAACCAGGCAGGUCUGUAUUUGGAGAAACCUCAGGGAAUGCUCUACCAGCGAAACAACAGGCAGUGAAGAGAGUUGCAAGCACAUCCACGAGAGCCCAUUUCCCUCCUGAGCUAAUGAAGUUUCCGUGGUCCGCCGAUGUGAAGAGAGCACUCAAAGAAAGAUUUAGAAUGGCUGGGUUUCGACACAACCAACUGGAAGCCAUCAACACUACGCUUGCUGGUCAGGACGCGUUUGUUCUCAUGCCGACGGGCGGCGGCAAAUCUCUCUGCUAUCAAUUACCUGCUGUCGUGAAGAGUGGGAAGACACGUGGCAUAACAAUUGUUGUGUCUCCGCUGCUAAGUCUUAUGCAGGAUCAAGUAGAUCAUCUCAUGGCUUUGCACAUUCAGGCAGUGUCGUUCAACGGCGAGUGCGCCCCAGAAGCCAAGAAGGAGAUACUUAAUCUUCUCAAAAACCCUGCAGCAGAUCAGUUCGUUGACCUUCUUUAUGUCACACCGGAAAUGAUCAACAAGAGUUCCGCCUUUCGAAGCGGCCUGAGCGCGCUUUAUAAACACAAGAAACUCGCUCGACUCGUGAUCGAUGAAGCGCACUGUGUCAGCCAAUGGGGCCACGAUUUCCGCCCGGAUUAUAAGGAACUUGGUGCAUUCCGCUACGAUUUUCCGAAUGUCCCCGUCAUAGCCUUGACCGCGACUGCGACGCUCAACGUGAUUGUGGACAUCAAGCACAAUCUCGGCAUCGAUGAGUGUGAGGUGUUCACGCAGAGUUUCAACCGUCCCAACCUCUACUAUGAGGUCCGGCGAAAGGAGAAGGGCAACGUGGAAACAAUCGCCAGGUUGAUCAACGAUCGGUAUUCGGGUUUGACCGGCAUAGUCUACGUCUUAUCACGAAAGAACGCCGAGUCUACCGCCGAGAAGCUACAGGUACACGGUAUCGCUGCCCAUCAUUAUCAUGCCGGCGUAGAAGCAGUUGAGAAGGCCAAGAUCCAGAAAGCUUGGCAAAAAGGGAAAAUCAAGGUUGUCGUCGCGACAAUCGCAUUUGGCAUGGGUAUAGACAAGCCAGAUGUGCGUUUUGUCAUACACCAAACUCUUCCUAAGAGUUUAGAGGGUUAUUAUCAAGAAACAGGGCGCGCUGGUCGAGAUGGCUUGCCAUCCGAAUGCUAUCUGUACUACAACUACGGAGAUGUCACCCAACUACGCAAGAUGAUCAACGACGGAGAUGGCAACGAGCAACAGAAGGAACGACAGAGAAAUAUGCUGAAUGCAGUCAAUGCAUUUGCCGACAAUCAAAGCGACUGCCGGCGUGUUGAGAUCCUCCGCUACUUUGGUGAGGCGUUUGAGAAGAGCGACUGCCAGUCAACCUGCGAUAACUGCAAAACCAAUGGUGUCUUCGAGAUGAAAGACUUCACGGACAUUGCCAUUGCUGUUCUAGAAGUAGUCAAGAGAGAGAGGAAAAUGACCCUCGUGCAAUGUACGGAGGUUCUGCUUGGUCAGCAGCCUAAGAAGUACCAUGAGUCUCUGAAAGAGGACACUCAUCAAUACUUUGGAACUGCCAAGAAGAUUCCCAAGCACGAGAUCCAUCGUGUCAUUGACCGACUGGCCGCAGAGGGGGCACUCGUUGAGGAAAACAUAUUCAACAAGAAAGUGAAGAUGGCAUUUCAAUACUUCCUCCUGGGGCCAAACGCAUACCCUUUUCUACGCCAACGCAAGAAGUUGAUGUUGACUGUGCAGGUUAAGAGUAGUGACAGUCAAACUGCCGCUUCCAAGCGCAAGACGAAAGCAGCAAAGGCUACGAAAGAGACAAGGCAAACCAGACUUGACACGUCGUUGCUCCCUCCCUCUACUAACGUGUCCUCUCCGCCAAAGAAGGUGAAGAAGGGGAAGGGGAAAGCUGUCGCACAUGUUGACGACGACACCGACGAAGAGAUUUAUGAAAAACAUGAUAACGGCUACGCGAAAGACACAUUUGUCGUCGAUGACGAUUCCUUCGAUGAUGACUUUGAAGAAAUGCCCAUUUCUAGGCGAAAACGACAAAAGAGACCAGUGGGACCGCCGAUUACGCACGACGCUGGGCUUGCACAUCUCAACGAGGUACACCAGGUCAUCAUCGCUUCAUUCGAGCACGAAGCAGUCAAGAUUGCCGAAGAUAUCCAGCACAAGAACACACUCAGCAAGCCAGUGUUCACACGCCAACAGCUGCGUGCCAUGGUGGCAGGAUGGACGAUCACCUUGGACGAUAUGGCAGCUAUUCCAGGCAUUGACGCGGAAAAGGUUAAGAAAUUUGGCAAGAGGUUCCUGCCCAAGAUCAAGGAACACUACCGGCAGUUUGAAGACAUGUUUGGUGAAGAUGUAGUGAGAGCUUCACAGGACAUUGCGAGACGCCAUGUCUCAGAACACAGCGUCGUUGAUCUUGUUUCCUCGGGAGAUGAGGAAAUGGACGACGUUGAGAUGGACGACGAUGACGAGGACGAAGGCGAGGAUUCGAGAUACUUCGAAACCGACGGAAAACAGCAACCUCCAGAGGUCAGCCAAUGGCAUGCCAACUUCGCCAGGCUACAAAAUGCAACGUCCACAUCCGCGUCCGCAUCUGCACCCCGUUCUCGGUCAGGCUCCUCUACCCGUGGAGGUGCCAAAAGCUUUGUCCGAGGUGGCCGCCGACGUCCAUAUGCCCGCAAGACCUCGGGCAGCCAGAGGGGCAGGCCCGGCGUCGGAGUGUCUAAGAAGGCGUCGACCAAGCGUGCAUCCACGGGCUCGACACGUUCCGGAGGCUCCAUAGCCUCGACCGCCGCGGAGCGCGGCGGAAGAGGGGGUCGUGGCGGCAGCCGAAGUGGCGCCUCGAUCCCCACGAUGCCUUACUAA